AUGAUAUCUUGUCAUACUGCUGCCACAGAAAGAUUGCUUCCGCCCUCUAAGUCUCAGUCCCACUUCAAAAGAUUAAAAAGAUCGCCGGACACACCAUGCCAAAGCUUGUCAAAGACUGAUAUUCAUGAUCUCCCCGACUCUGUUUUGGUUGAAAUCCUCUGUCGACUUCCUCACAACAAAUUUGUUUUUCAGUGCCAAUGUGUGUGCAAACGUUGGUUCUCUCUCAUCUCCGAUGAAAAGUUCCACUGCCGUUUUCUAUGGCUCCAAAGUCAUAACCCAAAAUCAACUCCGACGGAAAGUACUCUCAUCUUCAGGGAUGCAAAGAGCAAGAGGAAAUAUUUUAUAUUGCCGGAGUUCGAGCUUCCGAUGUUCAGAACACGCGACUUCUCUUUGCCUCGUUUCGGAGCUACAGACUACAUAGAAACAAGUGAUGAUGGGCCGAUUGUGGUAGGGGCAUGCAAUGACUUAGUUUUGUGUUGCGGAGAUAUAAGUUAUCAAUGUGAUUACUACAUCUGCAAUCCAUACACCAAGCAAUAUGUUCGUCUUCCUCCCACCCCUCGGUGCUACAGAGAAGUAAGAGUGGGAUUCAUCUGCGAUCAGUAUUACAAGGAAGAUGUUGAUGAUCAGAAAAAAGAAGGUAUUACCAGUAGUGGUAUCAUCCAGGUUGAUGUUGAUUUUAGAUACGCCAUAGUGCGAAUAUGUCCUCGCUCCCCAUUCAAAUUCAACAUUGAGAUCUUCUCUUCUGAGACUGGUAAAUGGACAGAAUCGGUUAUACAGAGCCCACAAGAUGGCUUCUUGUUGGAUAGUUUGGAAGAUAAUGGAGGCAUUGAGCUCAUAAUGGAAUCUUGUAUUGGUGGAGUGUUGAUGACCACUUUAUUAUUGGGUUGGAUCCCUACUCCAAAAAUCACGAAUGCCCUUGUUUUCGUUUGA